CCCCGAGUUCGAAUGCAUCUGAAUCACACAUGAACUUCACGUUGCGGCGCCUCCCGGUGGAUGGUGGUCGCCGCGGGUGCUGCCAGUUGGGAAUGUUGUCAUGACUUGCUUGUUGCUGAUCCAAGUCAUGCUGUGUAUGCUGAGUAGUCGUGUGUUUGUUCGCUUCACGCGUGUUUCAGGGAAAUGGCUACUCAGGGAGAAGCCCAUUUUGCGGGUGGUUCCUAUCCGCUGGUGGAAGAAACUCAAAGGACGAUGUCGACAUCGGUCACCGCUCCGAGUAGGGUCGGUCGUAGUGGGCAGGAACCGAAACGGGCUUUGACGAUGUGGUGCAACUACAACAAGUGGGUCUGGUAUAUGGACUGGGCCUGCGAGCACGCCUCCAACCCGCUUAAACCUCGGUGCGGGGCCGUGUUGUUCAUUCAUGGGCGAGACCAGAAGAUACAUCUCGUUGGAUCCAUCACCGCUUGGGCUUACGAGGACGAUGACAUUAUCAAGUUCUACUUGCGUAAGUUGUACCGAAGAGAUGGAUCGGUCGACGAACACGCAAAAGGUUGCAUGGUUUCUUGGAAGAGGCUCGGGGGGUACGGUGGAAGAGCGGCGACUUUGCAAUUCUUCGUUCCGAUGAUGCCCGGUGAAGACGUCGUGGUCCACUUGAAAGACUUCCUCGAGGUUUGGGUGGCUAAAAUCCAUCCUAACCACGACAUGGACCUGCCCCCUCAGACCUCAAUAAGUAAUCCGAUUGCGGCCGCAGGAGGAGACCGUCCUCGAGAAGGUGCGAGAGGCGAGGGUCAACCUAGUACGCCUCUUAACCCCGUCGUGGGAAUGUCAGACGACUCGGAGGAGGAGUGUACACGAGCGCCUCUAAAAGUCGUUGUGCAGGAACCUUGCCGUCGAGGUUUGGGGGAGCAGUCGCCUGGACGACGCGUCCGCCAAAGCUUAGAAAAGGCCCCGCGAGAUACGUCUCCCCAUUGCGUGUCUAAAACGGUCAUUGACUUGGUCCGUAGCUUGACGGGUGGACGUCAUCAUUCGGAAAAGCAGGUGGAGAAAGGGAAACAGAUGGUCGCGUCGUUGUCCGAUUCUCAUGUCGGUGGCUCUGUGGUCCGCGAGGCGUGUGGGACUGGCGAGACGACUCUGUCAGUCCACCAUACUCCACUCCUGGUCGACACGAAGGCGAGCCCUCGGCGGGACGCCAGUGGGAACGUUGCCCUUGAAGAGGAGGAGAUGGUCGACUUCGAAACAAUGCAUCAGAGUCCAUCUGGGACGCCUUUGUCGGGAGGGAAAGGCAUUGGUCAAACGCCAAAGACACAAGAGCGGGGUUCGGUCCAGAAGAGGAAAAGGGGAGGAGGGGGUGAAGAAACGCCGAAGGAGCCCUCCAGACGGCGAAAGACCGGUGAGUCAUCAGGGAAGGGAAGACAACCCGCCAAGGGAAGAAUAACAGAUGAGGGCCCAAGUGGGGGAGGGGACUCCGAUGUGGAAGUGAACAAGAAGAAUUUUGACCUCGACAAAGCGUUCUUCCUGGAGAUGAAAACGGGGGUGCAGAAGGACGUUGUUUUGUACAUCCAUCCCGAAAGAAUCCUGCCUAUUCCAGACUGGGAAGACGCGUACAACCACCACUCCUUGGAUGAUUUCCUCAUGGAUGGCAUCGUGCAAGCAAUGGUCGAGGCGUACAACGUUAAAGAUAAAAAAUAUACAAAGCUGAUUUUCGUUCUUGCUCCGAUCGUCGCACCUCCGGAGAAGAACACACAUGCUGAGUGUGUACUGCCUGACGACUUCGAUGUGACGACGCCCGAGCGAUACUGGUAUUACCCUGUCAGUGGUCAGCAUAACGCGGCGGCGGCGAUGAACGUGAAGGACUAUCCCAUGUUCAAACACUAUUCCUUUGGGGAAUGACCAUUCAGACCGGUUUACUUCCUGACGACGAGUUUGGCGGGUACUCCCAAAUCAAUGUCGACGACAAUA